AAAAGGAAAAAUCCUAAAGAAAAACGCCAAAAAAAACAGCCUAUCCCAAUUACAAAUACACAGAAAUUACACCCCAAAUUAAAUCACGAAGCCUAUGUCCUCUGUAAUUCUCUCUUUAUAUUGACCCUAGUCUAGUCCCAACUUCCCCUUUCUUUGUCUCUUAGUGUGUAUGCUUAUUAGUGAAGGAAUUCAAUCCUUGUAUUAGAGAUAAUUAAUUAGAAAUUUUUUUGGAGAAAAUACAAGGAGAAGAUGGAUUCUAAGAAAGAAAUGAGGUUUUCGGAUGCUAAUUCCAGCAAAGAUGGAGACUUGGUGGUUGCAGCAGCAAAACGUUCAUAUGAGUGCACUUUUUGCAAGAGGGGGUUCACCAACGCUCAGGCAUUAGGAGGGCACAUGAACAUACACAGGAAAGAUCGAGCAAAGGCGAAGCAAAGCACCACAGCUUCUUCUGUUAAAGACUACAUGAUCAACGUGAACCAUAGGUCAUUGCAGCCUUCGAGCUUGAAUCAUGAUGAGCUAUUGGGGGCAAAUUUGAGCUUGAGGAUCGACUGGGGUGAAACUGAGCAAGUAAGGAGGAGGAUUAUGAAGGAAGAUGAAGUAGAUUUGGAGCUUCGACUUGGUUAUGAUCCAUAAUAGGCUUAAGGUUGAGGAAAUUAAGUAAUUUGUUUUCUAUAGAGAGGAAUUGUUUUAGAAUAGUAACAAAUAUAAGGUAAUAGGAAUGUAAAGAAAAGAAAAUAUACAUUAUUUUGUGAAUUUCGAGUUUUGAGUAGGGAAUUUGGAUAUUGCAUUGUGAAGAUCAUGAAGCAAAUAUGUGUAAUGUGAUUUCUGAGGUUAGUAAUUUUGUUUUUUUGUUGUCUUUAAAGCAGAGAAAGAGGCAGGAAGGCUACAAUACUUGACAUAUAUGCCAUUCUAAUUUCUUCUGAUGUUAUUAAUUUCUUGUUGUAGCAUUUAUUUACAUUUAUGUGCAGCACUUGUGUUUUGUGCAUAUGCAUUAGAAUCUUCAACUACCCCAAUUGUGUUUUCAUAUAUAUUAGGAUGUAGGAUGCUAGGAUUGCUAGCUAGCUCCCAUAUGUUCAAAUGCAUAUUCACCAUAUUAAAAAUCCAGAAUUUGA